AGGCAAAUACGCCCAGCAUCGCGAUCUCCCUCGUCUGCAUCCGUAUCCGGCAGUCUGAUGCGGGACAGCUACGAAACGCAAUCAGGGGUCGUCAUCCAUGUCUUCCCCCACCAAACCACUGGCUGACUCAAAGCGAUGCGCAGCUCCGUAACCACUUCGUCCUCACUUCUCAGUCCACCUUCCCGCCGCAACCACUUCACCACCUCAUCCCAUUCCCAGCAAUGGAGCUAGUAGCGUGGCUCGUCAUCGUGUUCUCAGUCUCCCUCGCUGGGCUCCUGCCAGUGGUCUCGGCGUCGACGACGACACCGCAGCAGCAAUGUGGCGGCAAUAAUGUCGGACCUGCCGGAGUGAGAGCAGGCUACUGGUCGCCGUCCUCGAACCGCUACUCCGCGGUCGGCAGCAUCGACGCGUCCCUGUACACGCACCUCUACUACAGCGCGGUGACCAUCGACGAGACGAGCUACGCGGUCGCUCCGCCUCCGCCGACGGCCGAAGACGCCUCGCUGCUCGCCGCUUUCUCUGGCGCGGUCAAGUCCGCGAGCCCGUCCACCAGGACCGUGCUGUCCGUGGGCACGGACGAGUACAGGGUGGGCGAGUCGAACGCCGCCUUCUCCAGGAUGGCGUCGGACGCGGGCCUCCGGGCGGUAUUCAUCAACUCCUCCCUGAACCUGGCCCGCGCCAACGGCUUCGACGGCCUGGACCUGUCGUGGAUCUUCCCGGCCACGCAGGCGGACAUGCAGAACCUCGGCGCCCUGCUCGCGGAGUGGCGGGCGAGGAUCACGGAGGAAUCCGUCGCCAAGUCUUUGCCUCCUCAACCUCAACCCCUUCUCCUCACCGCGACGCUCUACUUCUCCAACCACCUGUUCGGCACGCCCGACGGCAACCUCGACUACCCCGUGGACGCCAUCGCGAGCAGCCUCGACUGGGCCAACGUCCUCACCUUCGGCUUCCGCGGGGACAGCGGCGUCACCGCGGCCGACGCGCCGCUCUACGACACGUCCUCGCACUUCUCGGCCAGCUACGGCGUGGUCUCGUGGCUGGACGCGGGGCUCCCUCCGUGCAGGCUGGUGAUGGGGAUACCUCUGUUCGGGAGGUCGUGGUUCCUCAGGAACAAGGCCAAGAACGGGCUAGGCGCGCCGGCCGCCGCCGCCGGGACGAAGCAGAGGAGGAGCAACCAGACUGGGAUAAUCGCGUACGCGGAGACCGAAGAGUACCUGAGCUCUCAAGGCACCGUCGUCACCUACGACGACCAGUCGGUGGCGGAGUAUUUCUGCAGCGGUGACCUCUGGGUCAGUUUCGACGGCGCGCAGGUCGUGCAGCGGAAGCUGGAGUUCGCGGCGAGGUCUCAGUUGCUCGGCUACUUCCUCUGGACCGUCGGCUUCGACGAUUCGAACAGCACAAUCUCCAGGAAAGCAUCGGAGUCAUGGCACCAGUAUGCUCAGGGUGGUUUUGGAAUCAUGCACGCAGGAGGUUCAAACCAAUACGUUGCAUUUAACUCGUCUUCAGUAUCACUUGGUGUAUUUGUUGACUUCUCUCACAGACGCUCUUUGCCAAGAACAAGUGUCGCAUCAAGUGUAGGGCUGGACGAAAUGCUCGUGGCUCGCUGGCUCGCUCGUUUUAUGGUCAGCUCGGCUCGACUCGGAUCGGCUCGUUUGAAUUUUGUCACGAGCUAAGCUGACAUCCUAGCUCGAUUAGUUAACGAGCCAGCUCGGUUCGUUAACGAGCCAGCUCGUGAGCUAAACGAGCUACCAUAUUCUAGUAAAACGAAACUAUAUACAUAUCAUUUAUAGAAUAAUUGAUGAACAUGUUAUAUAUAUGUGAGGUGUCUAUGACCUAUGAAUUAAACUAAUGAUUAAUGAACUAUGUCUAUGUGUUAAUUUGGUCUAUGCAAAUAUAAUUAUGGGUUAAACUGAUGAACAUGUAUGUGAAUUGUGAAUUAAUGAAUGAUGAAUUAUGCU